AGAUCGAGAUUACGAUGACAUUGAUGACGGGGACCCGUUUAACCCUCAGAGCCGGCGAAUGACAUCCCAUCAUUCACACCAGGGCAACAUGCACAGCUUCUGCAGCUACAGUAGCAGCAUAGGCAGCCAAACCAGCCUGCACCCUCCAACACAGGCUGUGACCAACGCACCCCUGUCAGAAUAUAUGAACCAGUCUGCGCUGUUUGGAGGAAACCCGCGCUAUGAGAACGUGCCACUGAUCGGGAGGGGAUCUCCUCCUCCUUCGGUGCGUUGGGCUCCAGAGGCCAAGUCCUUCUCAUGACCCACACAUACACUUAUGUUGACACAAUGACAAUA